GCGGCGGCGGCGGGAGCGGCUGAUACUUAUUUAUUUCCAUUCUUCGCCCGUCCCGUCCCGUCUCCGCGCUCCGGGUACUUUUUCUGGGCUUUUUUUUUUCUCUUUUUUUUUUUUUUUCUUUUCUGUUUUCGGUUGUGUUCGGCGGAGCGGAAGGAGGAUGGGGUUCGAGCUGGAUCGCUUCAGCGGGGAGGUGGAUCCCGACUUCAAGUGCAACCUGUGCAACAAGGUGCUGGAGGACCCGCUGACCACCCCCUGCGGGCACGUCUUCUGCGCGGGCUGCGUCCUGCCCUGGGUGGUGCAGCAGGGCAGCUGCCCCGUCAACUGCCAGCGCAUCUCCACCAAGGAGCUCAACCACGUCCUGCCCCUCAAGAGCCUCAUCCUCAAGCUGGACAUCAAGUGCGACAACCACGCGCGGGGCUGCGAGGCGGUGGUGCCGCUGCAGCACCUGGGCGAGCACGCCGAGACCUGCGACUUCUCGCCGGCCAAGUGCCGCAACCGCGGCUGCCGCCAGGUGCUCAACCUGCGCGAUGUGGAGGCGCACAUGCGGGAGCGCUGCGAGGCGCGGCCCGCGGGGCUGUGCGAGCAGGGCUGCGGGCUGGUGCUGACCCACGGCGAGCGCCGGGCGGGCGCCCACGGCUGCCUGCGAGCCCUGCGAGCCCACGGGGCCGCGCUGCAGGCGCGGGCGGCCGCGCUGGAGAAGGCGCUGAAGAAGGAGGCUCUGCGCGCCGGCAAGCGGGAGCAGUCGCUGCUGUCGCGACUGGCGGCGGCGCAGCUGGAGCUGCAGGUGACGGCGCUGCGGUACCAGAAGCGCUUCACGCAGUACAGCGCCCGCCUGGACGCCCUGGCCCGCGCCCGCGCCGCCUCCCCCGGCAAGGGGGAAGAGACUAAAGCACUGACUCUCGUCCUCCAUCGUGACUCUGGCUCUCUUGGAUUUAAUAUUAUUGGUGGCCGACCGUGCGUGGACAAUCAAGACAGUUCGUCGAGCGAAGGAAUUUUUGUAUCAAAAAUAGUCGACACAGGGCCUGCUGCUAAGGAAGGAGGGCUGCAGAUUCAUGACAGGAUUAUUGAGGUCAAUGGGAAGGAUUUGUCCAAGGCCACUCACGAGCAGGCAGUGGAGGCUUUCAAAACAGCCAAGGAGCCCAUCGUGGUGCAGGUGCUGAGGAGGACCCCGCGCUCCAAGGCCUUCCCUCCUGCUCACGACUCCCAGCUGGUGGAUGUGGGCACCCAGACAGACAUCACCUUUGAACACAUCAUGGCUCUGAGCAAGAUGGGCUCUCCCACCCCUCCCGUCUCCGUGCUGGACCCGUACCUCCUGCCUGAAGACCAUCCAUCAGUGCAUGAAUACUAUGAUCCAAAUGACUACAUGGGAGGAAUUCAUCAAGAAAUGGACCGGGAUGAGCUGGAAUUAGAGGAAGUCGAUUUACACAGAGUGAACAGCCAGGACAAGCUUGGCCUCACUGUCUGUUACAGGACCGAUGAUGAAGAUGACAUGGGGAUUUAUGUGAGUGAGAUCGAUCCCAACAGCAUCGCUGCCAAGGACGGGCGGCUCCGGGAGGGGGAUCGCAUUAUUCAGAUCAACGGCAUAGAGGUGCAGAACCGAGAGGAAGCUGUGGCACUUCUGAGCAGUGAGGAGAGCAAGAAUAUCUCCUUACUUGUGGCAAGACCAGAAAUUCAGCUGGAUGAAGGAUGGAUGGAUGAUGACAGAAAUGAUUUUCUGGAUGACUUGCACAUGGACAUGUUAGAGGAACAGCACCACCAGGCAAUGCAAUUUACUGCCAGCAUGCUUCAGCAGAAGAAGCAUGAGGAGGACGGAGGUACCACGGACACAGCCACUAUUUUAUCCAACCAGCACGAGAAGGACAGCGGCGUGGGGCGCACGGACGACAGCACCCGCAACGACGAGAGCUCCGAGCAGGAGAACAACGGGGACGAUCACACCACGUCCUCCAACACCCUGGGCAGCCAGAAGAAGCUGACCUACAGCCACGACACCCUGGGGAGCGGUGAUAUGCAGUUCAGCAACGAGUCGUUUAUCUCGGCCGACUGCACAGACGUCGACUUCCUCGGCAUCCCCGUGGACGAGUGCGAGCGGUUCCGCGAGCUGCUGGAGCUGAAGUGCCAGGUGAAGUCUGCCAACCCUUACAGCCUGUACUACCACAACAGCACCCUGGACAUGAGCAAAAGCGACCAGGAGAGCGUGGACAGGGAGCUGGAGAUGCUGAACGAGGAGCUGCGCAACAUCGAGCUGGAGUGCCUGAACAUCGUGAGGGCUCACAAGAUGCAGCAGCUGAAGGAUCAGUACCGGGAGCCCUGGAUGCUGCACAACAGCGGCUUCCGCAACUACAACACGAGCAUCGACGUGCGCAGGCACGAGCUCUCGGACAUCACGGAGCUCCCGGAGAAGUCUGACAAGGACAGCUCGAGCGCCUACAACACCGGGGAGAGCUGCCGGAGCACGCCCCUCACGCUGGAGAUCUCCCCCGACAACUCCCUGCGCAGAACUGCGGAAGGCAUUAACUGUCAAGGUAACGAGGGGGCAGCGGCACAUAAUGCCUCCCAAAAGAAUUUGUUUGCCGGCUCGGAAAGCCAUGAAUCCAGCGCUGGUAAAUGCCACGCCUCCGCUAAAGAUCCCGACCUUGGCAAGCAGCUGGAGAGCAAGGAGAGAAAAGCCGGUGAUGGAAGCAAAAGCCCUACGCACGGUCAGAAGCCUUCUGGCUCCUACACGUCCCCGUAUCACCACUCUCCGUACAAACACGCUCAUAUCCCUGCCCACGCCCAGCACUAUCAGAGCUACAUGCAGCUGAUCCAGCAGAAAUCCGCCGUGGAGUACGCCCAGAGCCAGAUGAGCCUGGUGAGUAUGUGCAAAGACUUCAGCUCGGGCCAGAGCGAGCCGAGGAUGGAGUGGAAAGUCAAGGUCAGAAGCGACGGGACCCGGUACAUCACCAAGAGGCCGGUCAGGGACAGGCUGCUGAGGGAACGUGCCAUAAAGAUCAAGGAGGAGCGCAGUGGGAUGACCACCGAUGAUGAUGCCAUAAGUGAGAUGAAGAUGGGCCGUUACUGGAGCAAGGAAGAGAGGAAGCAGCAUUUGGUGAAGGCGAAGGAGCAGAGGAGGAGGCGCGAGUUUAUGAUGCAGAGCAGGUUAGAGUGCUUAAAGGAGCAGCAAGGUGCGGAAGAAAAGAAAGAGAUGAACAUCAUUGAACUGAGCCACAAAAAAAUGAUGAAGAAGAGGAAUAAAAAAAUAUUUGACAAUUGGAUGACAAUCCAAGAACUGCUAACCCACGGAACAAAGUCACCGGACGGCACACGGGUGUACAAUUCCUUCCUGUCAGUGACUACUGUAUAAUCACCAGUGCUAAAUUAUGUACAUAAAACACUACCAUUGGGGUAGGAAUCAAUGCCUCGUUCAAUGUGGCAAGAUUUUUGUAUAUAAGAUACAGUCACCAGUUUAUAGUUCAAAUACUGAACUCUGCAACUGUGGGUGCCAGGAUCUCCAUUAUAAAGUGGAGAGGAAGCUUGCCCAUCUCCUUCAAAGGCAAUAUUAGCAGUGCUUUUUGGAAUACUGAUUGUACUUUUUUACUUGUUACCUUUUACAUGAAGUGUUUAAAUAUCAGAAAUGUAUUAACCAUACUUACACAGGUAAUUUGCUUAAACUAUAUUCAUAUUAAAAGGUACCCGUGCUUUUCUUUACCUAAAAAAAAAAUGCAAGAAACCCACAAGAGCAACUGCACUUAUGUAUUUUUUUUUUUGUGAAACCAUAUUUUGUGAUAUUAUUUUGCUGUUGUUCACUUCUACACAGAGUGUUGUUUAUCAAUACUUAGCUCAAGGUCUAAACUCAGAGUCAUUCUGUUGUAAUAUUUAACAUUUAUCAAACAGCAGUUUUUAGAGUUAUGCUCAACAUUUAAACAUUUUUCUUUUUAAGGUUUCUGAAGAAAGCAUAUAGGUUUCAUCUGAAAAGCCUGAGGCAAAGUACGCUAUACUGCAGCUUUAAAGGAUUUUAAAGCAUGUUUGCAAAUGUUGCAACCUAUUGAAGAAAUGUGCAUGUACAGCUAAUUUGUUUAUAUACGACAGUUUGUGGAAUUUGAAAAGCCCAUGGUAGUAACAGUUUGCUUUAUAGAUUUGAAUGUAUUGAAUUAUAAAAGCAGUUUCAUGAAAUCAUCAUUAGCUACAAACGUUAACAAGUAAAAUGAAGUAAAAUAAAUUAUUGUUUUAUAUUUCAAACUAUUUUAAAUUCUUUUUGUUCCCUUUUGGUUUCACCACCAAGAAUAUUCUUUCUCAAUGUAGCUCCCAUGCUGCAGAAAUGCCUGGACACCCAGUGGAGCCAAACCUGAGGGAAUAAUCAGCAUCCUGACUUUGGGGGGAAAUUUGGAUUAAGGUUUUCUUGAGGGAAGGAGAGAUGGAGGGAAGAGGCAAGGAAGAAGUACAAGGACCACCAAGAGCAGAACCAAGCAGUGCUUAUCUUCAACUCACAAGGUAUUUCAGAUGAACUGUAAGAAAGAAAUAGGACUUCUACUCUCCUGAUUUGCUGUGGUUUGUGGUUGGUUAGCAGUAUAUAAGACCCACCUACAGACUUUGGUGUGGGUGUGCAUUAAAAACAGACAAAGCAUAAUUUAAAGCAUAUAUAAGUUAUAGCAAAUAAACAUGCAAAUUAAAAGAGAUGGUGAAAAAAGACAAAGUGAUGUCAAAGGUAUCACACUUCUUUUCUUUUUUUCUUUUUCUGAUUAAGAAUUCAGAUAUAAAUUGGAAUGUCAUGCUGGAUCAGGUGAUGUAGACUCAUUAAUACCUUCAAGAUUCCCCAUCCCCUUUUCCCUUGAAAACUUGCUUCCAAAGCCUUCUAAGUUUUUGUUCUGGACUCUUCUGUCAUAACUAUACAAAGCAAAAAUUAAAAUCUUGCUGAUAGAAGUAAAAAGUU